AUGGUCUUACAACUGAAUCUGCUGGCCGUCAUAUUCGCUUUCGCCCUCUCAUUCCUCCUCUUCGUCGUUGGUGCCAUCCGAUUCCUUGGACCGAUAACAGAAUACGGAUCUAAACGAACGUACAGAUUGACCGCUAGUGACCAUCUCAAACGACGAGGCUCAUUCUGA